GACCGCGAGCUCAAAGCCCUACUCUCCUUCGGGUGUGUUGGUUAACCUUUUUCCUCUCCGCCUCUUUCACAUCGUAUAAAACCCACCCAAACUGCCAUUCCCGAGCCUUUCGGUCCCUCCAUUCAAAUCCACCAACAGAGAGGGAGAGAGAGAGCGCGAAGCCUCUGUGAGAACAAAACAGUAGAUGGAUAGGUACCAGAGGGUGGAGAAGCCCAAGGCGGAGACGCCGAUAAACGAGAACGAGAUCCGAAUCACCACUCAAGGCCGCAUGAGGAAUUACAUUACCUAUGCCACCACUCUCCUCCAGGAGAAGGGUUCCGAUGAAAUUGUCCUUAAAGCAAUGGGCAGAGCUAUUAAUAAGACUGUGAUGAUUACUGAACUAAUUAAGAGAAGAAUUGCUGGUCUCCAUCAAAAGACUUCAAUUGGAUCAAUUGAUAUAACUGAUACGUGGGAGCCACUAGAAGAAGGCCUUCUUCCUCUGGAGACUACCCGCCAUGUUUCAAUGAUCACAAUCACUUUUUCAAAGAAGGAGCUGGAUAAUUCAUCUACUGGAUAUCAACCUCCUCUUCCAGUUGACCAAGUGAAACCAUUAAAUGAAUAUGAAGAUGAAGGAGAAGGCUCUCCUAGGAUGCAAGGCAGGGCACGUGGUCGUGGAAGGGGUAGGGGAAGGGGUAGGGGUAGAGGAAGUUAUAAUGGGCCUGGGGAGUAUAAUGGAGAUGGUUGGGAUGGUGGUCGUAGUUUUGGUGGUAGAGGUCGUGGCCGUGCAAGGGGCCGUUCUUUCUGGGGCCGAGGACGAGGCUAUGGUGGUCAAUCUGGUGGAUACUAUGACUAUGGUGAAUCAGAGGCACCACCUGCCCAAGGACGAGGGCGUGGUCGCGGCAGGGGAAGGAGCAGCGGGCGUGGUCGAAAUUUCAGAUCGGAUGGGCCGGUCCAAGCAGCAGCUGCUUAAGCCAGCAGGUGUUGCUGAAGGAAAAUAUUUAGUGCGUAGUUGAAGAAUGAUGUGGUUGCCUGCUCUGCCUGGAUUCUAUUGAAGUUUGCUUAUAUUUGUGGGCUUUGUAACUUGUUUCUCAAGUUAAGCAUUGUUGCCAUAGGGCUUGCAGUUUUGUUCUAGUAAGUAGGUUGUGGAGGGGGGGUAGGAAUAUUUUCUUAGUUUUUGCUUACCAAGAUUUUAUGAAAAAAGUUGUAUAAUUUUUUUCUUUUUUGGAUAGAAAUUGUAGCACUACAUUCUUUCAUUCUUAACCCUUUUAAUAGAUGUUGCAUGCUAACGUA